CUCGUGUAUGUCACUAAUGGCACACAGCAUGAUUACAUGAACAAAUAGCAAAGGUUUAUACACUAUGUUUAUAACGAUGAAUAUGUAUUAAUUGGUGACAUAGUAGACAAAUUUACUGGAGUAUCGACAGGACAUUUAUUAUAGAAAAGUAUAUAGUACUUUCAUAUGAUCCAUAUGAAACAAUUUAUACAGAAUUUAUAUAUUUAUACUGUUGACAAAAGUGUUUUCACUCGUUGUCGCAUGGCAUGUAUCUCGGCGUGGUCACACCAAGGGCGAAAAUCGGGGAUUUUCAUCAGCAUUUCACCAGUUAAUGGCUCCUAGAAAGUGGUGAGUAUAAAGUAAACUGUAAAUUAAAUCUACUAGGGAAUUUUGUCAAUAUGAAAGUACAUAUAGUGAUAUAUCAGGAAACCAGAUGUCAGGUUAAAUAUGCCUAUCAAUGUGGCUAAAUAGUGUGAUUUACUUUAAUUAGCAUCUCUGCAAAUUUCAUGACAUAAAUUCCACAGUCCACCAAGUUGGGUUGCUGUGGAACCUAGAACAUAUAAGAUAGGAAGUGCUGAGUUGUUAUAUUACUACCGUACCUUAAAAAACAAGCAGAAACUCGACGUUUCGAGCAAAUGCCCUCGAAACGUUGAGUUUCUGCUUGAAUAUAACCACUCAGCACAGCAUUUUCACAUUGGUACUACCCACACUGGUACAGACAGUUUUAGUGUUUACGGAUGGAUGUUAACAUGAGAUUUACUGUACUUUGGACUGUCACGGCUACAACACCUGUGGUAUUUUUCUACACUAUGUAGAUUAUUUGAAAAGAAGCGAUUUACCAAUGGGUGAACAACCCGAUUGCUCUUAAAAUCAUGUUCAAGGCCUUUUUUGACUGCCCAUUCUACACUUAGGUACCUAAAAGUAAAAAAUAUAGAUAAUUUCAUUAAAAAUUUGAACCAGCCAAAUACUGUUAACUUUCUGGUGUUAAGUUUGUGGCUUGUGCACCCUUGCAUUUAAUCAUGUGAAAGCAAUUGAUAUAUGUACAACCUUGAAUUUUCCUAACAUUGUGGCACUUAAUCAAGGUACUGCAACAAAAUCAACUGUUAAAUUUCAGUUAUACAGUAAUUGAAGCAAAAAAGCAUGCAAUGUGGUACAUUUUAAUCCAAACAAAUUUUCUUCUGUAGUACUAUGUUUUUCAGUUUGAAGUGCUAUAAUGGUUAUUAAUCAGGUACAUACAUGGAAAUUUAAUAAACAUACAUGAUUGUGCAGGUAUAUUAUUAAAUGAAUAUAAAUUAAACCUCAUUAUAAUGUCUGUUGUAUGGCGAUGAUGUGUUGUCACCAAUCCUGGUGUGGUUGAACAGUUCAUGGAAUCAAACACAACUAUUGUUGAACUAUAAAAGUGGAAAAAAGCAACUUCUAUUUUACUGACCAGUAUAUACAUCUCUAUUAGUGUUGCACACUGCAUCAUCAUUGACUUGUUUGGUAGUAAAAAGUGCACAGUAUAUUAAAAAUUAAGCAAAAUUAUCUGAGAUUUUAUUUUAAUUUGUAAUUACUGGUAUAUUUGGAUACUGUAUUGGCACACUGGAUACCUUGAUGCCACAGGUAGAUCCCUUACUGUUUCAUCUGUUUUGUUGCACAGAAUUAUAAGAAUCCAGUGCCCCCUUAAAGAGAAAAGAAAAUUACCACCAUUUGUAUAUUUGCAUGUGUAGGUAAAUUAUACAAUGAUAAGUUAGUUAUCAUCAUAAACAUAAUUAUACAGUUUGAUGUACUACAUUGUACUUUUGCAGCAGUUUUAGUAAUGGUUUGCAGCCAUUUUUCACUUUUGAUGCCAAAGCAUGACAGAAUAAAGACAGAAAUUGAAAUCCAGUUUCAAAGUACAAUUGAGCAUCAUGUCAUGAGUAAAUUCAUCUGGUGUUAAACAGAGUAACUUAAUAUGGUAUUAGACAGAGUAAAAUAAAAAAGUAGGGCGCAUAAUAGGUUAAUCGCGGUAUAAUAGGUUAAUCGUAUUCCUUUACCCUUUGUUGACAGGUAUUAGAAUCAUGUUCUUGCUCCAGAUAUCUACUUUCCUAGUGAAUGAUUUUGCACACUGCCAAAGUUCUCUGUAAAAAAAAACAUGUGUAAAGAAACAAGAAACAAAUGGGACUACAUGGAGUCUAUUAAGCCAACCCCCCCCACCCCCACCCCCCUCUAUGAAGGCCCCCUAUUCACACAUGUUGCUUGAUCUAAACACAUAUUGUUUGAUUUAUUAAUUUUCCUUACUUAAUUUUUUUUAUGGGCAAAAUUAUCCUAUCAUUUUAACAAACAAAUAGAUAAACCCCCUCUACUGCCCCCUCCCCCCUCAAAAGUGCUUGAAAAAAGUACAGUACUUAGCAACCCAGAGGGGCUUAAUACAUUAAAAUGCAUUCACCAACCUGUCAUCUCUGGGAACAUUUUUUUCAGCUCUAUUUGCUGUUUUGAUUCUUUUAUGAGUAGAUGUCUGAAGCUUGGUCAAGAAAUAACUCGACAACGCAAUGGUGGAUUGCUUUACAUUCUCUUGAGCAUAUUCGUAUACCAGGUAUCUAACAAAAAUAGUUGUAUUAACCAUUGGAAGACAAGGUUUCAUAGACAAGGAUUAAUCGGGCAUUUCAUCUACACUCAGAUCACGGUUAAUAGAACUAUUAACCAUGCUCAGAUAAAUGAAGUUGUUUGCCAUAGGCAGAAAAUAAACUAAUUUUUUAUAAUAAACUAAUUUUUUAAAAUAACAUGCCAGAGUAAAAUAACAUGAUUGCAGCUUAAUGGGUUUAUAUUAAUAGGCAAUUAAAACAAUACUGUAUUUCAGUAAUUCAGUUUUUGUUAUUUUACCUGAGGAAAGCUUCAAUAAUUAAGUCGUUAACGAGACAGCCAGGGUUUAAACAUUCAAGUUCAACUGGAAUCAGGAGACUUCUGUACACAUCUCUCCAGUUAUCAGCUGUGGCUUGUACACGUGAGUCUAAAUUCUCUUCUUCAUUUUCUCCAUCCUCUAUGGUUAUAGAUACUGGAACAGGAACAUUCACCUUAUACAUUUUCUUUAGCAUGUUUGCUUUUUUUCCAACACGAUUUCGGUGCCACCAGUCUGAUCGUCUUUUACCUGGUUUUUUCUUCUUAGCUAUACAACCAAUAUGCUUUAACUUUUGUUUCAUUGCUUGUUCAGUGUUUCUUUUUUUAUUUUUUUUAGGAGAUGCACGAAGGUAUAUUCCUUCACAGCUCUUUGGAACUGAAGCACUUAACUUGGUAACCAGAAUCUGGAGCUCUUUCGUCACAUCAUUCAAGACGUCUGUGUCUUGGCUUAGGUAAGUGAGUUCUUUAAGUUGCUGUAAUGUAGCUCUGGUAAUAUUUGCCGCAUGUUUUGCAGGAUCUCUUAUUAUUUUUCUUUUCUGUGGUAGUUGUGCCACACCAGCUGGUUCGACAUCAUCACUAUGAGGGCUACCUGGCUCUGUUUUGUUGGCAGUGUCAUUAACUUCCAUCAUGUCCUCUGGUUGCUCACCAUUAAAUGCAUUUUUUUCAACAUACUUAUCAGCAGUAUACAGAGAUGAUUCUCUGUAGUUUAGUGGCAGAUUGUACCAGUCAGCACUGGAAUUUUCAAACACUGCAAACAUAUGCUUGCAAGGGCAUUUAAAUUUUUUCCAGUCAGGACAGCUGCAGGUGGGAGAGGAUAAAUCAACCAAAUAAGUCUGCUUUGUACUUUCUGAUGAUACUUGAAAGUUUAAGUUUCCAAGAUCUUGGAUGUCAUUCUCUGAAUACAUUGCCGAUGAGUGUAUUCUUUGCAUGCAGUGCUUUAUAAAUCCAUGUGGUCGACCAUGAAGGAAUUCUGGAAUUUCUUUGUUGUAGGCCUUAAUAUUCUUAUUUAACUUCAGAUUCUUCAGCACAUAUUGUUUGUACUGUUCUGGGCAAAAACAUUCCACAAUUACUUUAGCAACACCACUCAGUGUUUUGUCAGUUCCUUUUGACAAGUAGUUAUACUUAAAUACUUUAUUUUGUGCUUCAAUGCCAUUAUUUGUAUUGAUUUUAAUGUCUAUGUUAUGUUCCCUGUAUGCUCUUGCCCAUCGUUUUUCUUCAGGAAACCAAGUUCCCUGGAGCCAGCUUUGAACUUGUGUAUUAUUCUUGUACACAUCGGAAUCUAGAACUUUCUUUUUUGCUGCUGAAACAUUAGCUAAUGGAGUAGCUGGAUUCUGACUCCGUGGUGCAUGAGCCAUGCUUCUCAAAUUGUGUAGCAAUGUCUCUCUAUCCUCAGAUUUAAGGCUGUGCUCGCUUUUUUUUGUCCACCUUUCCCAUGCUUGCUCCCUGUGGAAAUCACAUAAAAAGACCGAUGUUCCAACAUCUUGAAAAACUGAAAUAAGAAAAAAAUAGAAAAUUAACUAACUCACUAAUGGGGCAUUAUUUUUUUUUCAUAAUGUAUGAUUUCAAAUUAUUCAUUAUCAUUCCAAAUAACUGCAUGAAUAUAGCUUAUUCUUGCCACUCUCGCUGUCAAGACCCCCUUUCUAAUAAUCCCCUUCCAUACUGUAGCUUCUACCAGUACAAUAAACCCUGUAGCCUAAUAAGUCCGCGCAUAGGCAUACGGGACAGGGGGCAGCCCCCCCCCCCCAGAUUGUUGGGCAGACUAGGCCAGUCCGGCAAUAUUCACUUCACAGUCGGGCAAUAUUGGCUUAUUAUAAAAAUAAAUAGGAGAACUGUUAUCAAUAUUGGGGCAAAUAUGCUAUAUAAUAGUCGAAAAUGGAAGAAAAAUAUAAAAGUUAUAAUAAAUUAUAAUACAUUGUAUUUGUUUAGAAAAUUGUAUUACUGCAUUACAUGAAAAACGUUUCAGAAGGAAACAAAUUUGCAUCAAAUGGAUUUCAGUGGCACUCGUACUGGCACUCACUUAAUAAUUUGUCCCCCUUUCUGGUAGCCCUGAAAAUUAAUAGGCCCCCUGGGAGCAGGAUUAGAUAAUUUACAGUGAGGUAAUUCUAAAAGCAAUAUUUCAGGCGUGGCCUUAGACUGCAUAAUGGGCAUAUGCCAUACAAUUUCAUAUUAAUCUAGCCAUUUGUACGUUAACAAUGUUGUCACUUGCCUGACUCAAUGGAGUGAAUUUCCACAACUGAGAAGUCUGUCAUAAAAUUGGCUGGCUUCCAUUCAGGGUUCCACUUUCGCAAGACUUGAAGCGCUUCACUCACUUGCCCCUCUGUUUCAUCUUGUACAACAAAAUCCCCUAAAAGAGUGUUAUGAUUAGCAAUAUUUAUUGUUGUCAAUAUUAUUAAACCAUGAUUCAAUUUGGCAAUAACUUAUAUUUAGCUGUGCCUGAAUUAUUCCUUAUUCUAAGAAUUAUUUUAUAUGUAUAAUAUUAUUUUACCUAUUUGUAGUUUUGUUUAAUUUUUAGUGUUUAUUUUUUUCUUUUAGUUUGUAUCACAUCUACUUUGGAAAUGAUACCUAAUGAGACCUGCACAUGUAUUCAUUUUUUUUCAAUUUAUACUUUUGUACCAACAUACAUGUGAAUGUUACAGGAAGCAAUUAACUAUUCAGUACGUACCAACAACUGCAUAUCCAUUGUUGGUUUUGACACAAAUAAAGAACAAAGGAAGUGCAUAGUUUGUUGUUUUAUAAGUAGCAUCAAGAAGUGAAAUCUCGUUGCCAUAUUUGACCAUCAGACGUUGCUGCCACUGUUCCUGAUGAACAUAUAGAAGUUUCUGGGUUGGUUCUGUGGUUUCACUUUCAUCAACUAUUGUACACAUGCGCAGGAAAAACUUUGAUGUAGGGUCUUUUCUUGUCCAUUCGUCGAUCAUUUUUUUCAAAUUUACUUGAUCUAACUUGCUAAGUUUUUGUUUGUUGGUGGCUCUGUAUAUGUGAUUGAUGAUGUCUGUGUUGGUUGGAUAAAAUGAUCUGUUGAGCUUUGACGGCCUAGGGCAUUUAUCAUCUCCAAAUAAUAUAUUUUCCACAUGGUAGGUAAGUAACUUUUUCACUUCUUGCCACUGUGUUACCCCUAUUAUAAAAAACAAUGCCAAUAUUAUAGUUUUGGAUAACGACGUAAGGCCAACUGUUCCUUUUAAAUUUUUGGAAAAUAUUAUGAGUCAAUUAGUCCCACCUGUUGCAACAAGCUCGUGGAUUUUUUCAAUUAUAGUUGGAUUAACUGCAUUGCCAAUGCCAGAUACUUCUCCAUUUGGGUGGUUUGUGUGUGCUUUUAGGUCUGGAACUUUGACAUAAAACCUCUGUAUUUUUUAAUUUGUGCUUCAUUGGUUUCUUUAUCAACUUUUAACUUGUUCAAGACAGAUGGUUUAAGGACUCUUUCCAGCUAGAAUAAGUUAGAAAUAACACAAUUAGGAAACAAUAGUUUAUUACUGUACAAUGUUUUCCUCAGCUUGGAUUCUAGCAUAGAUAUAGCCAUGAACAAUAUCCAAGAGGUUUGUUUCCAGAGUUACUGUAGAUCAUUCGAGCAACCUCUUGAAUAUUGUUAAUAAAUAUGUUGAAAUAUUAAACAAUUAAAUACCAAGUCACCAUGUUUAUGUUACAUAUAGCACUAACUGCUGCAAUUCAUCUAUCAUAGACAUCAGCAUACUGUACAAGGGGUUUAUAUUGUGUACAUGUGAAUUGGACUCUUUGUUUACUUCAUUCUCACCUGAUGUUUGUUUUUACUGGAUGUUGAAAUGGUAUAAUCUGGAUACACGGUUAACUGCCUGAUGGUGAUCUGGGCCGUGCAUCCAAGCUUUUUGGUUUGCUGCACUCGGAAUCGUCUUUUUUUGGCAGUUGGAUGGCCAUUGAUUCCCUAUAAGUGAAUACAUACUGUAGUUACCUGUACUAUUAAACAAAAAAAUUAGUGAAAAAUAUUAAUUUUCCUUUUAUGUGCGAUAAUUCUUGUGUUACUUGUGUGUACCUUAUUUACCAUAAAUCCUCUAUUAAGUCCCCAUCUGAAAUAAGUCCCACGUUCCUAUACUUAUGUUUUUUUUGGAAUAACAUUUAGGGGCGCACCAUUAGAAAAGUGAUGGGGGGGGGGAGCAAAAAUAAAAAUAGAGCAGGGGAAACAGAAAGAAAAAAAAUUGUGCACCAAAAAAGUUGGAAAAAAAAUUCGUGCGGAUACUUUUCAUUAGGGAAAAUUAUAAGUUGAAAUAAAAAAAUUCGUGCAAGAGAUUAUAUUUAAAAAAAUUAUCAACACAAGCAAAAAAUUAAAAAAAAAUAUUCGUACAAGUUGAAAAAGUCUUCCCCCCCCCAUCACUUUUCUAG